UUGUUGAAACCAAAACGAUCAACAGCAAGCUUUCUUUCUCAACUCGAACUCGAACCAUUUCAAUCGUGACCUCUGGUUUCCUCUGAUGCUCAUAUCUCUGAGACCCAAAUCCCUCACCAGCCUUCCACACCUUUCUGCUACUUCAUCUCUCAAAUGGGUCUCCACAGCCGCCACCCAAAACCCAGAGGACCAUCUGCGUCUCUUCUUCAAAUCCAGAACGAACCAAACCCACAUGGACUACGAGCGCCAAUUGGUCUCUGUUCUAAAAUCUUGCGCAACCCUUUCGGCCCUCUUCCAAGGCCAGCAACUCCAUUCCCUUGUUCUCAAGUCCGGUCUCGACUCCAACACUUUCAUCAACAACAGUUUGAUCAGCAUGUACGCCAAAUGCGGCUCCAUUUCCGGCGCCGAAUCGUUGUUCCGCUCUUGUUCUGAGCCGGACCCGGUUUCCUGUAAUAUCAUGGUUGCUGGGUAUGUGAAAUCUGGUGACUUGGACAAUGCGCGCCAGGUGUUUGAUAAAAUGGCUAUGAGAGGUUGUGUCUCGUAUACUACUAUGAUAAUGGGUCUUUCUAGAAAUGGGUUUUGGAGGGAGGCUGUUGAGGUUUUUAGGGAUAUGAGGAAUGCCGGUGUGAUGCCGAAUGAGCUGACAAUGGGGACUGUGAUCUCGACGUUUUCGCAUUUGGGUGGGAUUUGGAAUUGUCGAAUGCUUCAUGGUUUGGUGGUUAAGUUGCAGCUUGAUGGAAUGGUGCUUGUUUCGACGAAUUUGGUGAAGGUGUAUUGUGCUUGUAAGAGUGUGUGGGAAGCGAGAAGUUUGUUUGAUGAGAUGCCCGAAAGGAAUAUAGUUUCCUGGAAUGUCAUGUUGAAUGGGUACUCUAAGGCUGGACUUGUGCAUUUGGCAAGAGAGUUGUUUGAGAGGAUUGAUAUGAAAGAUGUGGUUUCGUGGGGUACGAUGAUUGAUGGGUAUGUGCAAGUGGAGUGCUUGAGUGAAGCUUUGAUGAUGUAUCGUGAAAUGCUGCGUGCCGGGUUGGGACCGAAUGAUGUUAUGCUUGUUGACUUAAUUUCAGUGUGUGGGAGGUUGGAGGCGAUUCAUGAAGGUCGGCAGUUUCAUGGGAGAAUUGUCAAGGAGGGUUUUGACUGUUAUGAUUUCAUACAGGCAACGAUCAUAAAUUUUUAUGCAGGUUGUGGGGAAAUGAUUGCUGCUCAUCUUCAGUUUGAAAAGGGCAUCAAGGAGCAUGUAGCAUCUUGGAAUGCUCUCAUUGCAGGGUACAUAAGAAAUCAAAUGAUUGACCAAGCAAGUCUAUUGUUUGAUGAGAUGCCUGAAAGGGAUGUUUUUUCAUGGAGUUCCAUGAUUUCUGGUUACACACAGACUGAGCAAUCUAAAUUGGCUCUGGAACUUUUCCAAAGAAUGGUAUCUAGUGGGAUACAACCAAAUGAAAUAACAAUGGUAAGCGUUUUGUCUGCAAUCGCUGAUUUAGGCACAUUGAAAGAAGGAAUAUGGGCUCAUGAAUACAUAUGUGAAAAUUCUAUUCCUCUGAAUGACAAUUUGAGUGCAGCUAUCAUUGAUAUGUAUGCCAAAUGUGGGAGUAUCAAUACUGCCUUAAAGGUGUUCUAUCAAAUCCAAGACAAAACCUCUUCUGUCUCACCAUGGAAUGCCAUUAUAUGUGGGUUGGCGCUGCACGGACAUGCAGCAAUGUCUCUUGAAAUAUUUUCAGACUUGCAAAGGCGUGAUAUCAAACUCAAUUCAAUAACAUUCAUUGGAGUCCUAAGUGCUUGUUGCCAUUCUGGUUUGGUGGAGGCCGGGGAGAGGUAUUUUAAGAGCAUGAAGAAUGUAUACCACAUUCAACCAAACAUUAAGCAUUAUGGUUGUAUGGUGGAUCUCCUGGGUAGAGCUGGCCGAGUAGAAGAUGCUGAGAAAAUGAUAAGAAGCAUGCCCAUGAAGGCUGAUGUUGUGAUAUGGGGCACAUUAUUGGCCGCAUGUACAACACAUGGGAAUCUAGAAAUAGGAGAAAUGGCUGAAAAGAAUCUGAAACUGUUGGAUCCAUCUCAUGGGGCAAGUACAGUUCUCAUGUCCAACCUACUUGCAGAUGCAGGGAAGUGGGAGGAAGCCUCUUUGGAAAGGCGAGUAAUGCAGAGCCUAAGACUAACGAGAUCACCAGGGCACAGUGAUGUUGUUUGGUAAGGGUAACUUAAAUAUCGAGUUUGGUUUCUAAGAAUCCUCCUAGGAGAUAUACUUAAGCUGGCAAGAAAAACCAACUUCGGUGGAUGGAAGGAACCAAAUUUUUCAUCCUGUCAGAUUACCUCCGAAGCCUAAGACAAGAUAUAUUCCAAGGUAGGUGAUCGAUUUAGCAACUCUUCUGCACAUCAGGGAAGGUUGCUUAACUUUGGUCCAGAGAUCACCAGUUGCAAAGGGCUUGAAUUUCUCUGUUUUCCUCUUUCAAGCUCCGUUGAAGGAAGCUGACCAGGGACAAGAGAGAUGGAAAGAGUUAAAUAAAUUGAUGUUGUCAGUAAGCCUCUAAACAUUGACAGGCAUAUGAAUAUCCCUAAGUGGGUGAGGAGGAGUACUGCAAAGUUUUUCUGGCCGAUAGCUAUUUCAAGAACUAAUCCAUGAGUUUGUAGGUUGAUUCCGGGAAGAACAAGAGAGCCUGGGAGCAGUUAUUAGAAUUGAGAUAGGUGCUUUUGCAACACCAGUUAUAAGGUCUUUUUCUCCUUUGACAACAGAGUUUGAUCGCUAAAGCAGGUAUUCGUUAGCCCUUGAAGUUGGAAUUUUACCCCUUGAAGUAGAGCCUGAUAGUAUGAAGGCUGGUAGCUUGGUAACCACUAAUGACUUGUGUUGGGAGAAGAAAGGGGUAAUUGUGGACGAUAUUAAAUGCUGUUGAACUGUGGUGCACCCAAGGUCUGCUUCCAACCGAGGGAAUGCAGCAAAGUAUUUCAAGGAAUGUAUUGAUUUCUUUUGUAUUGAAAUUGGGUGGAAAGUAUUUCAACAAAGUAGUUGCUUUAAAUUCUACCGUUAGAUGUAGAUCUAAGAGUGGUUGAGCAUAAUUUCUUUGCUCAUUUACUGAGUAGGGCAACACCACUGCUGCUUUAGGAUUUAUGGUCUUCCUCAAGAUCUGUUGAGUAAAUGCAUGUUAGAUCACAGGAGCGAGCAGAGAAGAGAAGGAUCGGUCACAGAGUAUGGGGACUUUGGGGAGAAUUUGGAGUGAUGAAAUACUCCUUGCUAAAAUCCCCAUUUACUCCUUGCUAAAUUUCAUGAAAUACUGUACUUCAAUGAUAAAAAAUUUAAAUAUUAGUUAAAUUUGUUAUAACCUUUAGCUUCAGAUUGUCUAUCAGUUGUAACAACUAUCAAGUUCCCUUACCUUUUGCAAUGGCAUUGUCUGAUGCUUCCGAAGAUAUCUGAUCGCUUGUAUUGUAUGGUCAGGACCUUUAGCUUCUCAACUCUUGUGCUUGUAUUUGUAUGAGACGGGAUUUCAAGAUAUGAAACUAGUGCUGAAUCUUUUAAAAGUAAAGCCUCCGUUGGGGAGGCCAGUCCAUGUUUUCUUUUC